CAUCACACUCAGAGACACAGUCGUAUCCGUUCCGAUCAAGUCCCUCCAUAGCUCCCACCCACUCAAAACUCUAACCCUCACAUUCAUCCCAAACCCUAGAUUCGCCAAAACCCAACCGGACUAAUCAAGUGCCUUAUGGCGGAGGAGGAGGUUGUGGUAGCCGCGGAGAGCCCUAUGCCGUCGGAUCACAAGCGCAAGCUCGAGGAUUUGGAGCCUAAAGCAGCACCGGAAAUAGUUGAGCUCGACUCCAACGGUCCCGAUGACGCGAAUGCAGAGCCUGAUUGCACCGAAGAAGUCGAUGUAUCGCCGUCCGAUAAAUCAGAAGCGAAGAGGCCUCGCCUUGAUGACAAGCCCGACGGAAUAGCUAGUGAGAAUGGCCACCAAGAGGAGAAGGUAGAUGAGCCCAAAAAGGAGAAUGAGGAUCAGCCAAGUGUAGAUAGCGGUGACUUGGAGGUCCCCCAACCUGCGUCUGUGGAAGUUACCGAAGCAGUGACCGACGAGCAAAAGUCUGAAGUUAAUGAACUACAGAAUGGCAUGAAUAGUGAGCCGAGUGACACCCAAAAUCAUGCUGAGAAUUCUGUGGCGGAAAAAGCUGAGGAACCCUCUCAAGGGGAGUCUCAACCACACUAUGCAGAGGAACCUCAGCAAGGUGAUGCUUACUCUGCGCAACAAGAACAGCCUUCUGUGAGUGAGACUGUGACGCACAAAAUGGAGGUUCCUAAUAAUAAGGUUGGGGUUUUAAUUGGCAAGUCGGGGGAUACUAUACGGUACUUGCAAUACAAUUCUGGAGCAAAGAUUCAAAUCACAAGGGAUUCCGAUGCAGAUCCAUAUUCUGCAACCAGGCCAGUGGAGAUAAUAGGAACUUUGGAUAAUAUAAGCAAAGCAGAGAAACUGAUAAAUGCUGUUAUUGCCGAGGCUGAUGCAGGGGGUUCUCCUUCUUUGGUUGCUAGAGGCGUUGCUACUGCACUGGCUGUUGCAGCAGCAGAACAAAUUCAGAUUCAAGUUCCGAAUGAGAAGGUUGGUUUGAUAAUUGGCAGAGGUGGAGAGACCAUUAAAGGUCUGCAGACCCGAUCAGGGGCACGCAUCCAGGUAUUGAUACCCCAACAUCUUCCGGAGGGGGAUGAAUCUAAAGAAAGGACUGUCCGAGUUACUGGUGAUAAGAAGCAGAUUGAAGUUGCAAGAGAAUUGAUAAAGGAAGUUAUGAAUCAGACUGUGAGGCCAUCAGCUCUCUCCAGUGGUUUUAAUCAUCAGGGUUAUCGCCCCCAUGGACCAGGUGGUUCCCAAUGGGCUCCGCGAGGGCCUCAUCUACCUCAGCCAUCUUCGUAUGAUUAUCCGCAACGAGGACCUUAUCCAUCCCAUAAUCCUCAGUACCCUCCUGCUUAUGGGGGUUAUCCUCAACAUAUGGGUCCAAGAAGUGGCUAUGGUUCUGGUUGGGAGCAAAGGCCACCUUCUAGCAUGCCACAUGGUGGUGGUUAUAAUUACUAUGGUGGACAAGUAGCUGAUGCCCCAGUAUCUGCCCAACAUUCUGCUCCCGUUCCUUCUCAUGCUCCUGGCCCAUCUCCUAACCCUGCAAUGGGUGCACCGUCCCAAGCAAAUUACAAUUAUGGGCAGCCACAUGGUCCAGAUUAUGGUCAUCCGGCACCUUAUUCCCAGGCUGCACCUCCUCAGCAUAACUAUGGGCAUGGAUACGAAGAACCAAAAUAUGAUAAUCAUGCUCCAACGCAGCACCCUUAUGCAGGAUAUGCACCUUCCCAGCAAUAUCCACAAACUGGAGCUCAUCCAGGUUAUGGUCCACAGCAGCAUUACAGCAAGCCACCACCAUACGGCAUGCCAUCACAAGCUCCAACUCCUCAGUCUUAUGGCCCUCCUAGGGCUAAUCAACCAGGAGAUGCAGUUUAUCAGGGUUCUGCACCACCUCACUCAUAUGGUCCGAAUGUUCUAGCUCAACAGUCAUAUCCAUAUGCAUCCAGUGGACCUGCUCAGCAGACGUAUCCUGCAUAUGGUUCUGCACCAGCUGCUGAUGGGUACAGUCAGCCACCACCCGCUUCUGGCUCAGGUUAUCCACAACAAGGCGGGCAACCUGUUAGCUAUGGCCAGCCUGGUGCACAGCAGGCAGCUGGCGGCUAUGGACAGGCAGCUCCUACUGCAGGGUACGCACAAUACCCAUCUUCUCAACAAGGUUACGCUGAGCAGGCUGCUCCAAAUGCAGCAGGUUACGGGUACCAGGGGUCUCAAGACCCUGGAUAUGGAGCUGCCCCUGCAGCAUCAUAUGGUGCACCAGCGGCUGCGCAGCCAGGUUAUACUCAAUCGGCAGCUCAACAAAAUUAUGAUCAGUCAAUCCCCCAGUCCGCCGGUUAUGGAGCUGCACCACCAGCUGCAUCAGCUGGUUAUGGGAAGACGGUGUCUCCUCAGCCUGGUUAUCCCCAGUACGACUCGAGCCAAAUGUAUGCUGCUGCACCUCGUUGAAUAUUAGACUAAUCUUGUUUCUUUUGUCAUAAUUUCAUGUUGUUGUUUGAUGCCAGACUCCUUUUCCCAGUCGUAGUUAGGCCUAAUCAGACUGGAUCGCCGAACUUUUGCGCUUACUGUGUUUCUAUUGAUGUAAUGCAGCGCUAAUGCUUUAUUAAAUUGUGAACCUUAACGAGGGAAUGAGAACGAAAAUCGUCCCUGUAUGUGAAUUUCUUUUUCAUUA